ACCGAGGAGAAGACGCCUGCAAAGAGGAAGAGGAGGAGGAGGAAGAGGAGGAGGAAGAAGAAGAAGGGGGGCCCCCGAAAGGUGCCGCGCGCCGGAGACUCCAGCCAGAGCCGCUGCGGAGGGGAGGCGGCGAAGUGGGGCUCUCCGCCGGUCGUUGGCAGAGCUGCCCGCCGCGGCAAAGCUCCGACAAGGCGCUCCGGAGAGAGCCAGCGAGGAGAGAGCCAGGAUCCGGAACGCCAAAGCCCAGAGACCGGACCGGCGCUGCGCUUGGCGGCGGCUGCAGCAGCUGCUUGCGCGGCUGGCUGGGGCUGGCUGGCGGAGCUCUGCCAGCAGCUUCCGGCCAUGUCGUAUCCUCAGGGUUACUUGUACCAGCCGUCCGCGUCGUUGGCCCUCUACUCCUGCCCUGCUUACAGCACCAGCGUGAUCUCCGGUCCGCGGACGGAUGAACUGGGCAGAUCGUCGUCCGGCUCGGCUUUUUCCCCCUACGCCGGCUCCACCGCCUUCAGCGCUCCUUCGCCCGGCUACAACUCGCACCUCCAGUACGGCACAGACCCGGCGGCGGCGGCAGCCGCGGCUGCCUUCUCUUCCUACGUGGUAAGCACCGUUCCCCCGACCCUUCCUUCCUUCCUUCCUUCGUUCCUCGGCGCUGGUUGGAAGGAGGCAGGAGUAGGCAGGGGGCUCAGGCAAGGAGAGACCCCGAGGUCAGGAGCAGAGGGGAGGCGAGGAGGACGCCGAGAGCUGGGGCUUUGGUCGAGGGCUUGCAAAAAUGACUCUGGCUGAAGGGAAAGGGAGAAAGGAAGCCGAGAGCAGAGGGAAGGCUGGCCGGCCGCCUGGAGGUUCAAUCAGGGCCCUUCCUUACGAAGUCUCGGGCCCACCGGCUUCUCUUACUCGAAGACAGGUUGCUUCCGAGUCUGCUUCGGUUCCAAUCAGGACAAUUUUGUCCUUACGGGAGAUCCUAAGGGAGAAUUGCUGCCUGCUACCCCUCCAGGAAAAGCCCAAGCAGUUCUGGGCUGCAGUAGCCUGUUUAUUCGGGAGUCAGUAAAGUGUAGGGGGGGGUGUGUGAAACGGGUUUUCUGGGUAUGAGAAACCAAGCGCCCUGAUCUUUCGGAUUGGGAUCUAAAUAGCGAAGGGG